AUGGCGUCUGUCCCGGGUUAUGCUAUCGCCGCUCAUCGCGCCACUUCAAAUCACGAUGAUGCCUCCACCGCCGAAAGCUCCCCACCUCAGCCCGAUACGAUCGAAGAUGCUGAGACUGUUUUUAUGAAUCAGGGUGCUUCAACUCCAAGCGCACUGGAAAAUGUGACCGAUAUCAUUGACAAAGGCGCCACUCGACCAUCAAAUCAAACCGAUACAGUACAGGAAGAGCCACGCAAAUGUUGGAUCUGCUAUACCGAUGAAACAGAAGACUCCCCACUGAAUCUGGAAUGGCGAUCUCCAUGUCCAUGUGCUUUGACGGCGCAUGAGGCCUGCUUACUGGAUUGGCUUGCAGACAUGGAGAACCCCCGCUCCAAGAAGCGAAGUGGCGGCGCUAAGAUACAAUGUCCCCAGUGCAAGUCUGAGAUUGUCGUCACUCGUCCACGCAGCUACAUUGUCGAUACAUUGCGCCUGAUAGAAAGAGUGGCAGGUCGACUAGUCUUACCGGGCAUGGUUUUCACCGUGGCGGGAACUGUAUGGGCGGGCUGCUGUGCACAUGGCGCAUACUCAAUGCAUCUCGUAUUCGGCACAGACGAGGCAAGACAAAUUCUGGAAGAUAGUUUGGAUGGCCCGUGGAACCCAGGACGCAACCUAGGUCUACCACUUAUCCCACUCGUUUUGAUAUUUUCUCGCACCCGAUACGCCGAGGGUUUACUGCCUGCAAUCCCUGUCUUAUUCUUUGCUGCGCACAAUCCGAGACACGAGCCUGACUUUGAUAUGUGGCCCCCUACCCCGGCUUUGACCUUUGCCGCCUUACCUUAUUUGAAGAGCUUUUAUGGCGCACUGUAUGACCGACUAUUCGGUGCUUUGGAACGGAAGUGGAUCGCAGAGGUCCAGCCUCGUGCGGCAGAAGAGAUCCUGGAUGAUGCACAGCAACAGGAUCAGGCGGAAGGACUCAAUCGUUUUGGCGAACAUGCCAACGGUCAAAUUCUCAUGGAGAUUGACCUCGAAUUGCAGGUAGGAUUGCCCGGCGACGAGCUUGUCGAUGCUCCAGCUCUACCUGCCGCCGGCAACGACGAUGGCGCUGACACAGGCGCUCAGGACGGACAAGCCCAGGCCGGCCAGAACGGCUUAGGCCUUGGUCGACGACAAAACGAAAUUAUUCACGACACCGGAAACAUUGCCGAUACAGUUCUCGGCGCUCUCGUAUUCCCCGCUAUCUCCGCAUCUAUGGGCGGUAUCUUGAAAUACCUUCUACCGAAAUCAUGGACUACGCCCUCAUCGGUUCUAGAGCGUAGUCGUCCCGGACUUCUUCAGACUCGCUGGGGUCGUAGUGUUGUUGGCGGUUGCAUGUUUGUGUUGCUGAAGGACGCCCUGGUUCUCUAUUGUCGAUGGAAGCUGGCACAGACACACCGACGACGCAAGGUGCUCAACUACGAACGGUCCAAAGCCAAAAAGUAUGGCACAAGCAAGCGGUAA